UUUCAUGCGUUAUGCAAAAGUCUGUGCUUCGGCCUUUAAACGGUCGUGCGGCCUUUAACGGUGCGUAGAAGAUAUUUUUUGGACAUUUGUGUGGUGCCUUACACCAAUUUACAAAAACAGUUUAAUUAACAAAUAGACGCGGGAUAUAGAAUUGACGUACGGAUUUCUUCUCUAUGCUCACUGAAUCAUUACAACAUAGAAUAGAAUCAUUUGCUUGCGAUCAUCAGCUUACUCUUCGACAACUACGGAACUGCAUGUUAUAAGAUGGAUCAUAACAAAGAUAUAAGUGAGAAAUUAAGCAAACCAUCCAAAUCUAAAACAAGAAAAGCUGAUAAAAAACAUAAAAAAGAAAAGAUGUUUAUAUUAUCGUCUAGUAACUCUUUAGAAGCUACACAAUCAAUAACAGAAAAAGUAUCAAGUGCUAAAGAAGAUAAAUCACAUAAAAAAUAUUAUAAUGAUAAAAAUAACAGAGAUAAAAUUUUUAGUCCUAGAAGAAGUUCAAGAUCUAGAUCUAGAUCUAGAUCUAGGUCUAGGUCUAGGUCUAGGUCUAGGUCUAGGUCUAAAUGUAAAUUACUAAGUAAAGAGUAUAUUGGAAAACAUAGUACGUCUAUUUACUCAUCACAUUGUAUGGAACAAAAACAAAUCUAUCAAAAACCCAACGAUAAUGAUGAUUCUUAUCAACAAAGUACAUAUAGAUCUAGUAGUAAUAUAAAGAAGUGGAAGAAAAAUAAGGAUAAUGAAACAAAAUGUGACCACGAAAAAUUUGAAUCUGAAUUAAAAGAAAUAGAUGUACAAAAAAGUAGUAGUAAUAUAUGUGAGAUGAGUGAAAGUUUGACAGAAACAGAUAUGAACAAAUUAGGAGCAAAAAUUAUUAAAGCUGAGCUAAUGGGUGAUGAUGAAUUAGCAGGUCAACUUAAAAUCCAAUUGGAGCGCGCAAGAAAACUUGCUGAGGAUGCUGAUAUGUCUGAGCAUCAAAAAGCACAAACCAGCUCAAAAGUAAAGCAAGAGAAAUGGCACCUUGGUCAUGCAAUUAAAGAAUAUGAGAACUUGUCUAAAAAUAUAGAUAAUUGUCAUUGGUGUCCUGAUUCGAAAACUAUGUUAAAGCAUAUGAUUAUUUCAAUGGAUUCUAUGAUUUGCUUAAGCCUUCCUGCUUAUACCUCCUUGACUACUGGUCAUUGUAUAUUAACACCUAUACAGCAUGUAGCUUGUCAGUUACAACUAAGUAAAGAUGUAUGGGAAAGACUAAAGGAAAUGAAACAAAAGUUAACAGAAAUGUUCAUGAAUGAAGAUCUUUACCCGAUAUUUUUUGAAAUAUAUAAAAAACGCCAUAAUUUUUUACAUAUGCAACUAGAAUGUAUCCCAGUGUCAAAAGAAAUUGGUUACUCAGCACCGAUGUAUUUUAAGAAAGCUCUGUUAGAAUGUGAAACAGAAUGGUCUCUUAACAAAAAACUUAUCGAGUUGAAAUUAAAGGAUAUACGUCAUUCCGUACCAAAUGGUUUAUCAUACUUUAUGGUAGAAUUUGCUUCGCAUCCUGGUUACGCACACAUAAUUGAAGAUGAGAAAAUGUUUCCGAAGAAUUUUGCUCAAGAAAUAAUAGGUGGAAUGUUAGAUUUAGAUUGUAAUGUAUGGCGAGUAUCAAAACGACAAAGUUUUGACGAGCAAAGAAUAAAAGUAUUGGAGUUUACUAAACUAUGGAAAAAAUACUAUGAUGAACAAUCAUAAAAUAUGUAGUAUAUAUUUGUAGAAAAACCAUCUCAAGAUGUCUCGCAGCGCAUCGUAGAUUUUAGGAUUUUAAAAGAAAAAAAUAUUCAAAGUUCUAUCUCUUAAAAGAAUACCUCUAUACUUCUA